GCUCAGGGAGCACGCAGCGCGGCGAUCGGUGGUGCGCUAUGUCCCUCGGACACAGAGGAUCACCGAUCACGGAAAGAGCCGAAGAUGUCGGCUCGGUCAUGGGACAUGUACACUGAUCAUCAGGGCACUGAUGAUCAGUGUAGCCCCAUCAGUGCCACCUGUCAAAGUCCAUCAGUGCCUUAUGUCAGUGCUCAUCAGUGCCUCGUGCCAGUGCCACAUAUCAGUGCCUACCAGUGCACAUCAAUGCCACAUAUCAGUGCCCAUCUGAGCUGCCUUUCCGUGUCACCCAUCAGUGCCAGUCAGUGUCGCCUAUCAGUGCGCGUCAGUGCCGCCUAACAGUGCCAGUCAGUGCCACCUAACAGUGCCAGUCAGGGCCGCCUAACAGUGCCAUGGAUCAGUGCUGCCUUUCAGUGCCCAUCAGUGAUGCCUGUCAAUGCCCAGCAGUGCCACCUACUAGUGUCUCAUCAGUGCCACCUAUCAGUGUAGCCUAUCAGUGCCCAUCACUGCAGCCUCAUUAGCGCACAUCAGUGAAGGAGAAAAAUCACUUAUUUACAAAAUUUUAUAACAAAAACUAAGAAAAAACUUUUUUUUUUUUCAAAACCACCA